AUGCCUCUGCAUGACGACAAGCUCAUGAAGAGGGCCGUGCUGGACCGCUCCCAGACCUCCUUCCACCCUUGUGGUACUGCCCGUCUGUCUAAGAGCAUCAAGCAGGGCGUGGUUGACCCCAACCUCAAGGUCCACGGUAUUAAGAACCUCCGUGUGAUUGACGCCUCCGUCAUCCCUGUCAUUCCCGACUGCCGGAUCCAGAACUCCGUGUACAUGGUCGGUGAGAAGGGUGCCGAUGCCGUCAAGCGUGACCACGUCGACUUGUACAAAUAA